AUGCAUUUUUUUCUGGCUUCUUUAUACAAGACCAAGAGUACUACUUCUAUCUACAGUGCACCAAUCAUUUGUUUGGGGGUGAAUAUAAAAAAUCAAGUCUCUCUCGUUAUCGAUUGGUCAAGUUUUGUUGUCUCUAACUUAAAUGUUUGGGUCAAUGAACUUAUUAUAACUCUUCAGACAUCCGUUGUUCAUGAUGGUAGCUGUUGUGCACAAGAUAAGAAAUCAACCUUAUAUCUAUCUAUCUAUCUAUCUAUCUAUCUAUCUAUUAAUCUCAUGAUGGAAAAUGAUUUCUUAAAACAAACAGAUGACGAGGAGGAGGAAGAGGUGGAAGAGAGAGGUUUCCUUCGUAUGGGGGAUCCAGAUUUAUGGCACCUUACAAGGGAUGAAUGCCAUGCUUUACAAUUGGUCGAACUGGAUCAUGACAACCAGGAAUCCAGCCCAGUUUAUGUCGACAACUCUUCAGGAUUACAGAAAUUCUUCAAUCAGUUUGAACCGAUGGAGUGGGCCACCAGUUCGGCGCCGAUCACUCCAGCUAUCUGUAACGACACCAACUCCACGAUCCAACCAUCUCCUCCAAAUGCAAUUGCUGACUCCAAAAACUUAUUGCCCUCUAUUUUUGGUGCUACUACUACUACUACAGCCACGCAUGUGGUAGAACGACCACAAGAGCAACAAUGCCAAUUUUGGGAGACAACCUUUGGGUAUCAUCAAUCAGAAUUGGAACCAUCUGUUGGAAGCCGUCCUCAACAAUCACCUGGUGACCUACAUGAAGGCGUUUCAUCUCCAAGUGAUUUGGGUUCGUCGUUUGCUAGCGACAAUCUUGGACCCGAUACCAACAUACCGAUCACGAGCGUCUCUACCCAACACGUGUUGGAUGCCAAUACACUUGUACAGCAGCAGCAGCAGCAGCAGAAGCAGCAGCAGAAGCAGCAGCAGAAGCAGCAGCAGAAGCAGCAGCAGAAGCAGCAGCAGAAGCAGCAGCAGCAGCAGAUGAACGUGUUGGAUGCCAAUACACUUGUACAGCAGCAGCAGCAGCAGCAGUUCGACCAAAACUUGAAAUUGGAUGUAUCAGGAGCAAAUACAGGAGUCAAGUACGGAAGAAUCGAAUUUACAUUAAUUCUAAGCGACCAUGCCAAUCGUUCGAUUGCGUGUGAUGGCAUUCAAUUCUCUGCAAAGAUAAUUGGAAACGAGGAAUACAAACUUGAACGCAAAUGUGUCACUAUCGAAGACUUGAUAACUGCCAAAAUUGCUUACACGAUUUACAAGGUACUGUCACCGUCGGAACCCAAUCAAGUCUCCAAGCGAUCCAAAAGAGGAUCACCACCAGGCAAACCUAUGGAAAUCCAAUUCGUCGCUAAAAGAAAUAAGGAGACGUUAUGCACCGCCAAGACUACAAUCACGUUUUACCAUAACACCAAGAACAUCCCACCUGCCCAGAUCCUCAAAGCCGAGCCCGUAGAGGGGGGGGGAUCAAAUUCCAGGACUGCAAAGCAAUUGGUUUAUAUCUCUGUACCAGAAGAUUUACUAAAGGAUAAUCCGUUUUUGGUGACCGGCUUCGUAAAGAAUCCAAAGAAAGAGAAAAAUGAUUCUUCUCAAACUGAUGGUACUGCUACUACUACUGCUACUCCUACUGCUACUACUGCUACUGCUACUAGCAGUAAUGCCAUGAUGGACACCUCCUCAGAUGUCGACACCUCCUCAGAUGCCGACACCUCCUUAGAUGUCGACAUCUCUCCCAAAAGUGAGGCUCGAGCCGUUUGGAGUCAAUCUAGAUACCAACAACUCUAUACUACAUCAUACUCGCACAUUCGUCUACUCUAUUCUAUUUUCAAAGAUAUACUUGAUGCUGAACAGCAGAGCAGUAGUUUCAUUCUCUCUAUUCAUCAACCAACCAACCAACCAUAUUUCUCACAACACAAUACAUGCAACACAACACAUUAUCAACUUGUGAUUAACGUUUGGUAG